AUGGGAAGCGAUAGUAUUAACGGAAGAAAUACCACCCCACCAAACAUGGGAAAAAAUCCCCCUCCAGGCGCAAGAAGGAAUGACUUUUGUAGAUACCACCGGUUCCAUGGCCACCAUACAAAUGACUGCAGAAACAUUCGGAAAAUUAUACUUCGCUUGUUGGAUCAAGGGAAGCUCGCUCAUUUUUUGGAAGGGUAUGUACAACCUCUACCACCUCCACCACAGAACCAGCCUGUGUAUCGGAUCGAAAUAGAUCGAGGGAUCAGCAAACCAAAUUGUAAUUCAAUAAUACACUCGGCUAAGAGCAUUCAGAACUUGUACGACAAUGUUCUCAAAAGAGUAUACAAAAGGGAUUUCAGAGGGAAUGAAAUAUUCAGCGUGGCAAAAAGAGAGCCACUGGAAGAAUGGCAAAAGAGAGAAAUAACAUUCUCGGCGAUGGACGCACCCGAAGAAGAAGCUUCGCACACUGAACCAUUGGUAAUAACUAUGAACUUAGGGAAGUACUCGAAAUGGGAAAGCGAUGAAGCCUCAGAAAGAAAGAUUUGGGAGAUAAACAGAAUCUUGGUUGAUACCGGGAGAUCGGUUGAUAUAUUAUUUUAUCAUGCAUUCAGGACUAUGGGUUACAAAGACUCUGACCUCGUGCCCUCCAUAUAUAACAUAAAUGGGUUCAACGGCAUAGCAUCAAGGCCAAAGGGAGAAUUGACUGUGAAGAUCUUCGCAGGGGAGCUGGAGACACAAGUUAUCGUAUGCGUGAUAGACGUAGAUUCUCCUUACAAUGCUCUUAUCGGCCGACCUUGGAUACAUGGGAUAAAGGGAAUUGCUUCCACAUAUCAUCAGGCUAUACGAUUCCCGAUGCCUAGCGGAAUAGGUGAAAUCAGAGGGGAUAUAAAAGAGGCAAGAGACUGCAUUAAAAAGGACGUCCACAAAUAUGAUGAAAAAUUAAGGAAAAAAGCGGAACGAAAGAAAUAG